UAUAAUAUAGAGAAUUAUAAUAUAUUUAACUUUAAUAAAAGUGGGUUCCAAAUUAGAGUAGUUACUAGUAAUCGAGUCUAUAUUUCCCAUAAUUACAAAGCUAUAUAUAAUACAGAUCCAGAGAAUCGAGAGCUUGUAAUAGUAGUAGCUAUAAUUAAUUAUAGAGGAACUAAGGUACCAGAAAUAAUUAUUUUUAAAAGAGUAUAUUAUUUGCAGAAAUAUUUCAAAAACUAG